CUACCUCUGGUCAUCCGACCUCUGGGGCUCCGUAAAAUACAAGCACGCAUCUGUACUUCGGAAAUUCGGAUUGGUCCUGCUGUUGUUCGUGUCCGGAAUCAUCACCGUCCUUGCUGGUCCAAGCAGCGCUGUCCUGAUGGUCCCUCGAGUAAUGGAUUGGCCAGCGGGCGGAGGCAGAUUUCGGCUCAAUGAAUGCCUUGCUCACGGCUACCAUUCAAUCUACAACGUGUUUCGAAAUCGCCAACGAACUUUUGUCAACGAUCUGAUCUCGUUUGAGCUGGAAGAUUCACGAAUCAGGAAGAACGUCCAUGCAAGGCUCCGCCUCAACGGCCAAUACGUUAUCGACACGUGGGCCAUCACAGCUCACACGCCCACUGCGACGACUCAAGCAGCAUGGCAUACUCUUUGGGGCAGUGCCUCAAAAUACCUGAGGGAUACGAAAUCAAAAGGCAUCGUUCAUCCAGAUCCUGACUUGCUGGGCUACGGCGACACAAGGAUCGCCGUUGUUGAGACAAAGAUCCCAGCGGUUCGGAUCGUUUGCAACGAGUGGUUAGGAAGCUUUUCCACACAACAAGAAAGGUUUGAGGUCCUCGGGUCAUUCCCCAUAUAUCCAGGCCACGGCCGCCCAAGAUAUCUGGAUAAAGGGGGAACUGCAUGGACGAAUCUCUCCCAUAUUGACAUGACCGACCCAGUGAGGGCUCGGUUGAGCCAAGGAAAUGGCCCAGGGGUUUUCGCUGUCGCCGUGGACUUGCCCACUAAUGAUGGGGGACUCGACUAUCUUGGUAUUCUCCUCUUCCGCCUUGCGGAUGUCGAAGUCCAAUCGUGGGAGACCAUGAGUUGCACUGUCGACUCUUGGUGGGCAGCCGGCAAGAUGACUGUCGACCAGGACUAUCGAGCCAUCAAGUAUAACUUUGCCGCCGAUCAGGGCCACAUUCUUGUGGACAGUGAGGUAGGCACAGAGGACUUUAGGUGGCGCGACUUCACUGCACCGAUGGACGGCUCGUGGGAACGCGUGGGAUUAUCGAGCGCUUGGUUUGAUGAUCUCGGGGCCAAGGUGCCUGUUAGUCCAAAUCAGCCCAACGACACGUCAGUCACCACUGUCGAGAGUAUCCUGAACCUGGCUCUUUUCGAUACCCUUCAAAGAUGGGGUGCCCUCCAGGCUACCGAGCUCGCACUUGCUGUUACUGUCGUCGAUGGACUGUCCCGAUCAUCUAGCUUCCUGACGUCGACCUACAGCGCCAUGCUGGAGCCGCUCGUAUCACACUCGUGGACAGCCGAGACUGCGAAAAAGCUGGUGAACUUGGACAAGCCGAAAACAGCUUUCAGUCCUGAAGGCGCCUACGAUAUGGUCAGCGUAAAGCUUCAAAUGAUCCUCCCAAGUUAUGUCAUGUCAGCUCGAGGGUGGUUCGAUCGCCUCUGCAUGGCAAUCUUGAUGGCCCACGCCCUCAUCGCACUGGGUCACACAUUCUGGGUGCUUUGGCAUGGGGAAACGAGCGACGCAUGGGAGAGCAUGACUGAACUGAUCGAUUUGACCUUGGAAUCAGACCGUCCAAGCAGCAAAAAAGAGCCCGGACUUUCAAACACGUCGGCCGGCGUAAGGACAUGGGCGCCACUGAAGGAGGUUGGGUGCGUUGAGGCGGUUGAUCAGCCAGCAGUUGCGACCGCCGGCGGCCCUCCCGUGCCAGCAAAGCACCUCCAACUAAGGGUUGGAGAGGGCAGAACCAUGAAUCAAAAAGUAAAGGAUCCGAGCUGCGUGCCGGAAGCAGGAGUCGAGUACCAUUGA